AUGGUGACAGUAGGGCUUGUUUGGGGAGCCACAAAUGCGCUGAUGCGAAAAGGCGCAAUCAAAUGGGAUGAAACCAUUAAAUCAUUGCCACAACCAAACACACCCCAACACAAAAUCAUGACAACUCUCAAGAAUUGGUUCAAACUUUUGUUGAUAUGGCAAUGUUCUUCGCCAUUUUGUUGUAAAAUUUAUCAGCAUCAGCUACAUUUUUUCGCCAUUCUUAGUGAUACACCAAUUUCUUUAGCUGUUCCUGUUACUAGUGCCACAACUUUUGCUGCUACUGCAGUUUUUGGAAUGAUUCUUGGUGAAGAAAAUCUCGUUAGUCGUGCUUUGUUUGGUACAUUUCUUAUUGUUCUUGGUGUUUAUAUUUGUAUUAUGUAA